AUGGGUAACUUCAACCCUGCAUAUCACCUCAAUGUUGCUCUCCACUAUUUGCUAUUUUUCUUCUUGGCAUCUUCGUACCUACAAACUAGUGUGAAAUCAUGCAUCGAGGAAGAGAGGCGCGCUCUUCUCACCUUUAAACAAGAUCUUACUGAUCCUUCAAGCAAGCUUUCUUCUUGGGUCGGUCAAAAUUGCUGUCGGUGGAGAGGGAUUUUAUGCGAAAAUCGCACAGGUCAUGUUGCAAAGGUGGACCUUCGGAAUCCGUAUGUGCCAUCCUAUGAUGAUCAAGUAUGGGACGAGGUGACUUAUCAACGGUCUUUCUUGGGUGGUAAGAUAAAUCCAUCAUUGCUUAGCUUGAAGCAUUUACAAUACCUUGACCUAAGCAAUAAUAAUUUUCAUGAGAUUCACAUUCCAAAGUUUUUUGGGCAGCUUAAAAGUUUGCAAUAUCUCAACCUAUCUGCUUCAUCAUUUGGGGGAGAGAUUCCCCCUUUUCUUGGUAACUUGUCAAACUUGAAUUACCUUGACCUCAGUUGGAAUAACAUGUUUUCACCAAUAUCUUUGAAAAACUUGAGCUGGCUACCUCAUCUCUCUUUCCUAAAGUACCUUAAUCUUGGAGGUCAUGACCUUGGCAGCCAAGGAAUAGGUUGGCUGAAUGUUGUUAACAAGCUUCCUUCCUUAUUAGAGUUGCACUUGCGUUCAUGUGGAAUUCAAAGCCUUCCAUUCUCACUUCAGACCAUUAACCUCACAUCACUUUUAGUCCUUGAUAUCUCACAUAAUAUAAUUAAUUCUUCACUUCCCGAAUGGAUUUCUAAUCUAACUAGCCUCAGAAAUCUUGAUCUAAGCGUGAAUUCUUUCAGUGGUCCCUUUCCCCAUGAAUUAGCAAGCCUCAAAUCUCUUGAACACCUUGAUUUAUCCUACAAUAUCCUCCAUGAUCAAAUCCCUAAAUUCGUUGGAAAUUUGUGCAACCUAAAGAUCUUAAGUCUUGCCGGCAACAAAUUUGACGGGGGGAUUCGAGAUCUUUUGACAGGUUUCACAAAUUGUACCAACAACACAUUGGAGUCACUAGAUUUAUCUUCUAAUGGAUUGGAAGGAGAAUUGCCUGCAACCUUAGGGAUGCUACACAAUUUAGAGUAUCUUGAACUCCAUCAUAACUACAUGAAUGGGUCCAUUCCCGAAAGUUUGGGACAACUCUCUAAGCUAGCUCACCUAGAUCUGUCUUGGAAUUCAUGGCAAGGCAUUUUAACAGAAUCCCAUUUCAUCAAUCUCACAAGAUUAGUAUACCUUGUAGUAAUCAUGGGCCAACCUCUGUCCCUCAGUUUUAAUGUGGCUUAUGAUUGGAUUCCUCCCUUCAAGCUUGAUAGAAUUUCCAUUGAGAACUGUCAAGUAGGUCCUGGCUUUCCACUGUGGCUUCAAUUUCAAACUGAAGUAUCUUCCGUCUACCUUCGAAAUAUUGGAAUCUCGGAUUCCAUUCCAGAGGACUGGUUCUUGAAGCUAUCUUCCCAUGUCAUAUAUUUGGAUUUAUCUUACAACCAAAUCAAGGGAAAGCUUCCAUCCCAAUUGAAAUUUCCAAAUUUAAAGUUCAUAGAUUUGAGCCAUAAUCAAUUUGAGGGACCACUCCCAAUUUGGUACACCAAUGCCACUGUGCUUAGUCUUGAAAGCAAUUUGUUUUUUGGGCCAAUUCCCUCCAAUGUUAACCAGCUUUUUCCCAACUUGCAAGAAUUGUAUCUUUCAGAGAAUCAUUUGAAUGGUACUAUUCCACUUUCUAUUUGCAACAUAGAAGGUCUUUCAAUCCUUUCCCUGAGGAGCAAUCAGUUGCAUGGAGAAUUCCCUCAAGCAUGGAGUUUGUGGAGCAGAAUGUAUGUUGUGGAUGUUGCCAACAACAGUCUUUCUGGUAAUAUCCCCAGUUCAAUGGGUGUCCCAAGUUCUCUUCUUAUAUUAAAGAUGAACGACAACAAUUUUCGGGGCGAAAUUCCUUCUUCCUUGAAAAAUUCUUCUUUUGUGAUGGGCAUUGAUCUUGGAGGCAACCAACUCACUGGAAAUGUACCUUCAUGGAUAGAUUCAAACAUGCCUCAGUUGUCAAUGCUACGAUUGCGAUCCAACUCUUUAAGUGGACAUAUCCCCCGUCAGUUGUGCUAUCUUCCCUCCCUUCAUAUCCUAGACCUUGGCCGCAACAACUUUUCAGGGACAAUUCCAGACUGUUUGAACAAUAUGACAUGUCUCCUCUAUGAUGAUCUCACCAAUAAUAAAAAUAUGUCAGCAAUUUAUGAUGCUCAUACGACCGUGACGUCGAAAGGCCAAGAUCUUGACUACUACAAGACUUUGGAUUUGGUAUAUAGCAUUGAUCUCUCAUCAAAUAAUUUAGAAGGUGAAAUACCUGAAGGAAUAAUCAGCCUCAUUGGAUUGGGUACUUUAAACUUUUCGAUGAAUCAAUUAAGUGGAAGCAUUCCCUCCAAGAUUGGGAACUUACAUUUGCUGGAAACUCUUGAUCUCUCAUACAACCACCUUUCAGGAAAAAUUCCCCAAAGCAUUUCAUCUCUAACCUUCUUGUCCCAUUUAAAUUUAUCUUAUAACAAUUUGAGUGGAAGAAUUCCUUCGGGCAGCCAACUCCAAGUGCUCGAGAAUAAUUCGUCCAUUUACAAAGGCAAUCCAUCAUUGUGUGGGGUUCCUCUUUCAACUAAGUGCCCGGGAGAUGACAAUAUUACUCCUAAUAAGGAUCCAGAAGACAAGAAUGAAGAUGAUGAGGAUGAUAAAGGAGUGGUUUGGUUCUACGUGAGCUUGGGACUUGGCUUCAUUGUUGGCUUCUGGGGUGUUUGUGGAACAUUAGUCCUAAAGAAAUCAUGGAGGUAUGCCUAUUUUCGAUUCUUUGACGGUAUAAAAGAUAAAGUGGCAUUAGCAAUUGCAUUGAAAGUGGCUCGUUUGCAAAGGAAAUCUUGA